AUGACAAAUCCCAAGGAAAUAGUAUCCACUAAGGAGAGAAGGAGAUCAAUAGCGUUGCUCGUGAAACCACCACUUUCGCAAUCCCCAUUGGGCUCAAAUUAUAAUUAUCAGCAAGAUGGAUCUUUGAGAGGAUCACAAAACAGUUCAUAUAUUGCAAAUACGCAAUUCUUGCGUGAAGGAAACAUGACGCCCUUUAUUCGUCCAGGGCUGGCAUUUGAUAAACUGGCCGAAAAUGAAUCAGCAGUAAUGGAAACUUCUAAUUCCUCAUUCUCGGAUAUUGUUGCACCAACACAUACUCCUACCCCCACCCCGACACCGGGACCAACGUUAAUGAGUCGAAGUGGUAUAAGCUCGGGGCUCGAUGAUCCAAAAGUCAUAUCUAAAAUAUCAAAACAUUUACCUAGUGAUUUUCAAAGUCUAGACCAAGAAGGUGCAGACAUCACUCGAGAUUUAUAUAAGAUUCAACAAGAUGUUAAUGAGAGACCCAAGUUGAAGAAAUACAAAAGUUGUGAAAGUGUGGAGAUUAUGGCUCUGGAACCGUUAAAGCCUCGAGCUGGUUCGUUCAAUGUGCCGGGUGGGUUUAGGAGGGAGUUUUUGAUUCAUCAACAUGAAACUCAAUAUCAUUCUCAUCAUCAUCAGCAGCAGCAGCAGAAAACUAAGGGUGUUUCCAAUCACAAUGAGCCAUUACCGUCACCACUUUUGCCUUAUUCUGCUUCUCCUUCUCCCCCUUUGUCUUCUUCUUUUCCUCCUGCUCCUUCAUAUCCCCCUAAAGUAAUGCCGAACUUCUUAACGAGUAAUUUUAUUGAAUUCCUAAGUAUUUACGGUCAUUUUGCAGGAGAAGAGUUGGAAGAUGAUGAUAACAUAGUAAAUCAUUACAAGUAUUUAUUACCGGGAGAAGAAACACCAUUGAUGUCUAGUGCUGACUUUAACCCCAAGGGAACGGCAACUGAUAAAAAGGCAUACUUUUUACUAUUGAAGGCAUUUGUAGGGACAGGUGUGCUAUUCCUACCCCAAGCGUUUGCUAAUGGUGGACUAUUGUUUUCAGUCAUUACUUUGGUGUUUUUUGCCGUGUUAUCUUGGUGGUGUUACCUCAUCUUGGUUUAUAGCAAAGUCACUACCAAACUAUCUGGUUUUGCUGAGAUCGGAUUGAAAUUAUAUGGACCAUGGCUACAACGAUUGAUACUUUCGUCAAUAGUCAUUUCUCAGAUUGGGUUCGUAGCUGCAUACAUUGUGUUCACUGCGGAAAACUUGAGAGCGUUUAUCGUCAAUAUUACCAAUUUCAAAACCUCAGAGUUGAAUAUUGCUUGGUUUAUUAUAUUUCAAGUGAUAUUGAUAAUACCAAUGAGUUUGAUUCGGGACAUUACCAAAUUAUCCAUCCUGGCUGUAUUGGCUAAUUUCUUUAUAUUGACCGGUUUAAUCAUAAUCCUUUAUUUUAUAUUUUAUGAAUGGCUUGUUUUAAAUCAUGGCAAAUUUGGUAUGCAUGUUGAUCUUUUGUUCAACCAAAGUGAUUUUUCAUUAUUCAUCGGUACGGCGAUUUUUGCGUUUGAAGGAAUUGGAUUAAUUAUUCCUAUUCAAGAAUCAAUGAUACAUCCCAGAAACUUUCCUAAGGUAUUGGCUUUAGUGAUUUCUACAAUUGCCCUUCUUUUCACUAUAAUCGGAUCUUUAGGGUAUCUUACGUUUGGAAGUAAGGUAAAAACGGUGAUUUUGUUGAACUUGCCCCAGAACUCACCAAUGGUUAUUCUUACACAAUUUUUGUAUUCCUUGGCUAUAUUGUUAUCUACAUCACUACAAUUAUUCCCCGCCAUACGUUUAAUUGAAUCAAAAUUGUUCCAUUUCAGAAGUGGGAAAUUGUCAUUGGGGGUUAAGUGGUUAAAGAAUUUAUUCCGGACCCUGUUUGUUCUCACAACGGCAUAUGUUGCGUUUGUAGGUGGUCGAAACUUGGAUAAGUUUGUUUCGUUUGUUGGUUGCUUUGCAUGCAUUCCCUUGGUAUACAUGUAUCCUCCAAUGUUGCAUUUAAAGAGUUGUUGCCAAAUCACCGAGGAUAUGUCAUAUAUAGAAAAAAGGAAACGGUAUUGGUUGGGUAAGCUAGACUAUUUAUUGGUUUUGAUUGGUGGUGUAGCUAUGAUUUAUACAACUUUAAAGAUAGUAAAUAGUUAG